AUGGCUGUCGAGUCGCGAAAUUUCUGUCUUAUGUCGCCGCCCCGUCAUGCUUCCGCCCCAGCUCGUCUCGAGGGCGACUCCGUGCACAGCAUUCAUGACAGCAGACCUGCUCCACCCAUUCCCGACUUCAAGGCCGAAUGGUACCUCCUCGGUCAACCCACUUAUCAAUCUACCUCUUCUGCAUACCUUGGUCCCCUCCUCGCCGCCUGCUUCGCCGGCUGGAUCUUUGCAGGCUACGAGCAAAGCGUUAGUACUCUCUCCCUCGCAUUGUGGAGCGGUGUGUUCUACCUGUUCUUGGAUUUGACAAACCGCCUAAUCUGGAGAGAUGUCCGGUUUCGAUGGAUCCUCGCUCGCGGUCUUUGGGAGUUCACGACUCUAGUUCCAAACGGCAGAUGGCGAUGUAGAGCUGAGAUAAUUGCGAAUGAGGCGGAAUACUGGCUUGUGCGGAACUGUCUUUCGAUCCAUGACCGCAUCCAGGCGGACUUGAUGAUUGGCUGGCAUCGCUGGGUUCGAAAAUAUCAACAACAGCAUGGAUUUGACUUGUUGGACGGACUGAGCUUUUUCGCUGCUCUUCUCAUCCUUCUGGCUUUUUCACUCUGGUGCUGUCAAGGCCCUCAAUCUCAGGAAGUGCUGAAAGAAACACCCCCAGCUACUCUCUCUUUGGCAGAUUGCCGGGAUCCAUUUUGCCUUACAGCAGAGUCCGCCCGAACACAUCCGUUCAAUACCUGGAUAUCCCAGCGCAGUUCCGACUAUUCCCUUUUCUGGCUCGCCAACGCUACAACGAUCCUGUCUACUGUGCCGGGCGUGCAGAAGAAGGUUGGUUCUUCCAUCACCCGAUCUUCUCCUCUCUGGAAAGUCGCCUCGGAUCUUAACCACGUCUCGUACUAUCUUGAACGGAAGCGAUUUACUUUUGUCGAAGAGCGUCUUGCCGCUUUCAAUUCCGCGUUAAAGGAUCUUUCCUGGGACUUCGACACACAAUCACAGGUUCUGUUCAGCCAUGUUCUGGAUGGCGAGAAAGAAAAGGACUCGACUCUCUACCAUCGCUUGUCAAACUUCUUUAGCAUCACCCCAAAGGCUCUUGCUGGUCCAAAGUUCUUCAACUCCCUCCGCAAUCGUAUCUUGACAGGCGUCAUGCCUCUCGGUCACCAGACUGUCCAACAUGCAGAUGCAAUUCAGAAAGACCUCGAGGUCUGCCGUGCACUACUCACACCUUUCCUCGGGGGAGUUCAGGCUGCAAUCGAGGCCGGACAAACGCCUUCCGAUAAGCCCUGCAACAGCAGUACGGCCAUCGAAGUUUCCUCUUCUCCUUCUUGCCACGAAGCUUGGGAACCCAUCCUCCACGAGCUGAAAACCAAGACCCUCUACAUAGACUUUAUCGAUGUCAAUCUUUUCGCUGCGCGGAAUCGUGCUCUUGCAACUUUGUCUGGUCUAGAGGUUCUGGAUCGAUACCUUCACAACGAAGUUGAGCGUCUGUGGCGAGGAAGCAAUCCCUUCUUCGGAGAGAAGAUACCUGCAGCUGUUGAAGUCCGUGACUUUUUGAGCAAUCUGAGACGGACUAUUGCUCCUCCUCACGCAGGAUUGGCCUCAUAUGCGAGUCGAGCGGGUCUGCUUGCCAGUAAACAGUGGGCUUUCCAUUACUCUGACGAAAUCUCGAAGAUUCUGGAGGGAAAGAGAUGCGGAGACGAAGACUUUCAAAGCUGCGUUCGUCAGGAAAGGGCCCUCUCAUCAGCAGGGCAGUCGAGAUCUGGCUCUCGUGGGUUCUGCGCUUUCGCAAACUGGAUCAUGCGAUAUGCUUCUCCCUUCCAAACCGAAAUGCCCACUACCGUCGAUCCUGCCGAGUCCGCCAUCCAAUCUCUCGAAUCCUCCUGGUUCAUCUACUCCACGUUCCGCUACCCCUCCCCUUCAAUCCAGCCGGCAAACAAAGACAACAUCCCGUUCCUUCCGAUCCAAGUCCCAGAAUGGUACGAAUACUGGUCCGGGCGUUCCAUAGAGUUAUCGCAGGAGGAAGACAGUGACAUUCGACAACACGCACAACCACUGAAUGAGAAAAUGUUGAAAAAUUGGAAGAGCUAUAAAAGCACUCUAAACGAGGAGGUCUGUUUGAUGGUUGGGGAAUCGAUCGGGUUGCCUAGUUGCAAGUUGGAGGAGGAGAUCUGGUGUGUAGACUCGCCUUGGAAGAAAGUGAGUGAGGUGGAACGGAGGAUGUUUUUGGAGGAUAUGUCGGAAUCGAAACGGAUAAGGAUGGAGAGGGCUGGUUACGAGGAUCCUGCUUGGGGAGAGCAGGGAGACAUAGUCUGA